CCUCGCGUCGGCAGAGACGCACUCCGGACAGUAGUCAGUGACCAACUACCGGCCCGGCGCCUCCAAGCCUCCCUCGGUUGUCCAGGAUCACAAGCAAGGAUGGCGGAAAGCCCGAUGUCCACGGUGCUCUUCAUCUCCGUGUUCGUGUUCCUCUUCUUCAAGUUCUGCCUGGGCGUGCCCCAGCUGCCGCCCGUCGGCGUGCUGUCCCACCUGGGGCCGCUGGCCGCCUCCGCGCACCGCGACCUCCACGACGGCGGCCUCACCGACCGCCAGAACAUGGCCGUGGACCUGGCGGCCCUGGCGGCGCCACUGCCGCUGGUGCGGAAGUGCCCCGUGGGGACGGUGUACAGCGUGGCGGUGGGCGGCUGCAAGGACCUGGUGCGCUCCACCAAGGAUUCGUCGCGGAAACUGGAGCUGUUGAUGCCGUACCUGUUGGCGGCCACCCGACACCAGCCGGGACAGUAGCGCGGUCGAAGCCAGUGGGCCGCAGCGAUGCAUCGAAACAAACCAAGCUCAACACCCAAGUGCCACUUUCUCGUUUUUGUUGUUUUCUGUAACGUCGGUAUGUUAUUGUAAAUAUAUUUGUUAAGUUUGUCAACUGUA